CCUACCAUUUUCACCGGAUCAAUCAGAUGAAUACCGUUGCGAAAAAACACCGACAACCAAAACAGUCACUCACCGCAGCAUGCACGCGACAAACUUGAAACGGGUUUUCUUUGACCGUCCGCAACCUUCUACUAAAUCCUCGUUCUCUUCAAUCUCUUUCCUUUUCCUUCUGCUUCCACUUUCCACCGAAUCCAAGUCAAGUCUAGAAUUUCCAAUAAGCUUAAGAAAAGGAAACAAAACCACCUCUUAGAUCUAAUCCAAAACAAUACCCUAUCUAUAAAGUCAAAACCUAAGUCCAAGCGUCGUCGAUUGAAUUUCUCAUUUGGAGUUCUCAAUGGAUGCUUCUUCUUCCUCGUCGUCGACUCAACCCGAAUUCGAUUACUUGUUCAAGCUUCUCUUGAUUGGGGAUUCUGGCGUUGGCAAAAGCACCCUGCUUUUGAGUUUUACCUCUGAUACUUUCGAGGAUCUUUCUCCCACCAUCGGUGUAGAUUUCAAAGUUAAAUAUGUUACAAUGGGAGGGAAAAAGUUGAAACUUGCUAUUUGGGACACUGCCGGACAGGAAAGGUUUAGAACACUUACUAGUUCAUAUUACAGAGGAGCUCAAGGAAUAAUUAUGGUAUAUGAUGUAACGCGGCGGGAAACCUUUACAAAUCUAUCUGAUAUAUGGGCUAAAGAAAUUGACUUAUACUCAACAAAUCAAGACUGCAUCAAGAUGCUUGUAGGAAACAAAGUUGAUAAGGAAAGUGAAAGGGUUGUCAGCAAAAAGGAAGGAAUAGACUUUGCUAGGGAAUAUGGAUGUCUGUAUACUGAAUGCAGUGCAAAAACCAGAGUCAAUGUUGCACAGUGUUUUGAUGAGCUUGUGAUGAAGAUUUUGGAGACACCAAGCCUCUUGGCUGAGGGCUCGUCCGGUGUGAAAAAAAACAUCUUCAAGCAGAAACCCCCACAGUCUGAUGCAUCAAGUAGUGGCUGCUGCUCAUGGUGAUUGUCAUGUUCACGAGGGGCACUCACCUUCCACUUCUUGGUAUGAUCUGGGUUUCAAGUGCGUCAAUUUCAUUACAUGUAUCAACUAUCAAAAAUAAUUUUAUUACAACCCAUAUAUCUAGAUUAAAUUAUUGUUCUCAAGAAUUUGCUUAACGUUUAGAGAUCUCCAUUUUAUUUGGUGUGAGCAAGUAAUCAGCUGGGGAUUCGUAGUUCAUACUGCCCUUGCAGUUGCAUAUGAAAAGUGUUUGUCUAUAUUUAUGCUUCUGAUAUUUUAACAUGAU